AUGCGGCCGACGCUGAGACCCAGCACUCGCCCGCAGCCCCAGGCCAGCCAUGCGCAAGGGGCCCGGUUCGGCUCGGGGCCCAGCAGUGGCAUGCGACCCAGUGCGAGCGUCCGGCCUACGCGUAGCAGGACGGCGGCGCCGAGUGCCGCGGCGCUGGGCGCGACGCAAGCUGUCCGCCCCGGAGCACCGGGACCCGGACCUAGCCGCCCCCCAGGCUUCUUCCACCCUCCGCCACCUCCGGCCCCAUAUCCGGCCCACUACAACUCCUGGGGAGGAGCUUCGGCAGCCCGUCCUAGCUCUUCAAGGGAGCCGGUGUCCGAGAGUCCCGCAGUUGGGUGGAUCGAAGUUGCCAACACGUCUCCCCUGGUCAAAGAGGGCUACUUCAAUGUGGCGCCGGUCGUGCAGUGGAGCGACAACAUCCAGACACUGCUGAGUGGCUCCAACAACAUCAUGUACGAUCUAGACAACGAUGUGUUCGACACGAUGACCUUCAACCACGACGGGGAUUGGUCCGACUUCCCGGAGGUGGGUGCCGUCUUGCGCCAGAACGGCUAUGAAGAGCUCGCCAUCUGUGUGGCCAUCUGCCCGCCCAGAGCGCUGUGGGCUGUGGGGAUGGCCAGCAAACAGCGACAUCGGCUGCAAGCUGCGAGGCUAUCGAUGUGCUUGGCGCUAGCGGCCAAUGCCGAAUCCCUUCAGGAGGUCUUCUCCAGGAAUCCUGAGUUCCUAGACUUCUGCCGCAGUGCCAACAUCUCUGUGGAGGACUCCAUGCCCAACGGUGCACGGCCGGCAGAACCUGCGGCGCCGCCGAGCAGAAACAAGCGAAAAAGCAAGAAGCGCGAGUACACUCAAGAGGAGUGGGACGAGUGGAAUGCGCAGAGUCAGAAGAAGGCCAAGGGGAAUACCAACGGCCAUGCCAACCAGGACUGGAAUGACCAGAACUGGAAUGACCAGAACUGGAAGGACCAGAACUGGAAGGAUCAGGAAUGGAAAGACACAGGCAAUGCGGACCUGCAGGACGAUGGCUCGCUUUAUGAUCCGGAGAAGGAGCCGCAAAUGGCCCCACCUGUUGGCGUGGAGGAGGAUGCUGCCGCGGCUGAGGCAGAAGCAGCGGAGGCUGCCGCGGCAGCUGCAGCAGCAGAAGCCGCAGAGGCCGAAGCUGCGGAGGCGGAAGCUGCGGAGGCGGCUGCGGCUGCGGCCAUGACGGCCGAGGAGGAAGCCGAGGCAGUGGCUGCAGCCAAAGCCGCAGAGGCCGCGGCCAUCCUAGAGGCCGAGCUGGCGGAGGCCGAGCGCGUCUCGGAGGAGAUGGCCAAGGACGUAGUCAAAGUACAGUCUGUUCCAGACCGGAGCGGGUCUAUCACAUGA